UCGCGCUCGAACAAACUAGUAGACGGACCUGUUUAUUUGUAACACCCAUGUAACAGUUUUUCAUUCAUGGGCUAAUAGCUAGCGUCACUCUUUAUUGUCGUUUCAGCAACUGUCUGUAUACGUUUACGUUGUUCUCGCCAUUAAGGUCAGCAAUUGAAUGCUAGCUGGCUAAGAUUCGCGUUCGCUUACCUGACAAAUGGUUGUUUGAGCAGAGAACAAUCACAAUGGAACCCGCCUGCCGUAAGGACAAGCCAAAGCUGAACUCUACUCCAACCAGAGGAGACAGAUCAAAACAGAAGUCUGCACAGCAGGAACUCAAACAGCGGCAGAGAGCAGAGAUAUAUGCUUUGAACAAGGUGAUGACGGAACUGGAACAUCAGCAGUUUGAGGCCUUUUGUAAACAGAUGCAGCCACAAGGAGAAUGAAUAUGCUGUCAUUGCUGCCUUCAUCAGGGUUUUUCAUGGCUCAAAUUGAGGCAGAGGUGGUAGCAUUCUUAUCACUCGCACAUAUGCGUAUGCUGCGCCCCCCACUGGCUUGAACAAAUACAUUUUUCUGUUAAGUAUUUACAUGUAUUGUUUGACUUUUCUUAAAUCAUAUAUUAUACAGUACUACACCUCUUCAAUGGUUUUAGGACCGACUUCCAACUGUUUCUGGGACAGUGCCGUAUAAUACUACAGUUGCUAGUUUUCAAUCACGCGAUCAGAAUUUGUUUGUCCGCCAUGUUGUUGUUUGAGAUCGGGAGGAUUCUCUUUUCAAACAUUUAAUAAGCAUCAGAAUAAGACAGUGUGUUGACCUCCAACAUGGUGGUGUGUGACGGCACGGGAAACCUGUCUAUUGCAGUUAAAAAUGACACCCAACGAGUACAGGGCUGGUCAGAUAGCAGUUUUUAUGAUAGCAGGUGUUUUAGAGACUUCCCCACUUCCUCCAGCUAACACACACGGUGGAAGAGAAAGUUAUACAGGUUGAGGUUGUCUAUAUUGAAUCAUGUUAUCAUGCUAUUGAAUUUGUGGUCUUGAAUAUGCCAUAGAGUAUUUCUUGUCUAAGUGUUAUAAAUGCACUGUUAGCAUGGUGCGGAACAUAUUUGAGGAACACUUAGCAGAAUAGAAUAUUUGGUACACAACCAUCAAAUAUGUGUUCAUGUGACCUUUAUUAAUGUCAUGAAUUGGUUACAUUGAGCCUGAAUGCUCAUUUCAGUCACGUCAUAAAUCAUUUGUGUUUAGUAUGUAAAGUAUGCCUACUCUGAGCAGGAGACUUUGGGACAGUUCCCAUUGUAGCGUAAACUGUAUUGUGUAUUAUUUGACCACUUGAACUACCGAGUAAACCUUUACCAAGAGAAAAGA